AUGUCUACGCCAUACUGGGGCCAAUUGCCCGGGCCCAAGGUCUCCCAGGCUGGUUAUGCGGGCCAUACCCGCCGCAGGUCUGAGUCGGACGACUAUACCUAUAAUGCUGACCGUAGAUCUUCGCUCGACGCUGCCCCAGUUCGCAAAUCGAAUCCCAAUCGUGUUUCUUCACAAACUCAGGGCACUGAAGCUCUUUCUGAAUCUACCUUUAGUCCUUAUGAUUCUCCUACCGCUUCUAAUUUCGCUCCUCAAGGUCUAGCUCCCAGACCAUCCUCUUACCGCCGAGACAUUGCUGCUGGAGAGUCUUCCAAGCCUCGUUACAACAGUCGACAGCAACAAGACUACGCCAACGAGCCAUUGUCGCCUCCUCCAACUUCUCCAGAGGCUCCUCGCGGCCCGCCAGUGAGCUACCGCCAUCCAUACGGUAACGGCGGUUCUUCUUAUACCCACACCGCUCCCGACGCAUCUGCAUCUUACAACCCUAACUCACAAGACGACGAUAUGGAAGACGAACAGUACCAGCAGUCCUCCCAGAGGACUGGUGGUCGGCGAUAUGAUCAAGGCCAAGGAGAUUUCUCAAGACGAGGUUCGAGCGCCAGCGCAUACGAUCAAUUGCCUAGGAGACCAACAGGCGGGUCAUCAAAACGUCAAAAAGCGUACGCAGACGACCGAUCACCCCUCCAAAGGCUAGAGUUGACGCUCGAUAGUAUGACCAAGGAGGAAAAACGCGCCCGAGUCGAAGCCGCCGAGAAACGCGCCAGAGCCAGACAGGCAUUGAAGGCUGGAAAGCAGCCCGCACCCACAGGCCCGCAAGUGCAGCAAUCCCAUGAACGGAAACCCUCUGUCACAUAUAGUGAGAGGCGACCAUCAGGUGGUGGAGCUUUCUUUUCAGCUGGACAGCCUUCGGCGCACAGAGAUGUGUCCCGAGACUUUGCUAAGGAAGCUCAAAGAGAAAGAGAAGCACAGCGCGAGGUUCCACAAGACACCUACCAAGACAUUCCACAGAAUGCGCCGAGAGAAGAGACUGCUUCUCCGUUUGUGUACCAGGAGCUACCUCCUCAGGUCACUGUGCAAAGAGGUCCUUCGCAUCGCCGUCGCAGUUCUGUUGCGCAUAGGCCAGAUGAUACGACUUAUGGAUCAGGCGCAAUGCGCCAGCCAGAGGAAGUUGAGUCUGCGCCUAGGCACAUGGAUCCUCAAUCUGCUAUUCCCAGAACUGUCGAGCCAGCCUCUGGUAUCCCACAGCGCAACUUGAGUUUCCGUGAGCGAGCGGCUCGAGAUAACGUACAGCUUCCUGAACAAUCCGCGCCUAGAUCACAGCCCCAACCGACCCAACCAGUCCAACAGGCCCAACCAGUUCAACCACCUGCGCAAAAGAGUGGUUUCUCUUUAACCAGAAGUGGCAGUAACAAGCUCCAGAAGCCACCCCCAGCUGACCUCUACCCUCGUAGGGUAUUAUCAGAGAGGCACGCUCCUCACGGACACCCAAUUUCCAAAUACUGCCACCAGUUUGAUGAUGAUUACUAUUAUGACGACCAAGAUGACCUACUUCCUACUCGACAGAUUCCCCAAGAGCUUCCCACUCGACAGACUACCCAAGAACUUCCUACCCGACAAAAUACUCAACAGAUUACUCAAGAACUUAAUGACCGUUUCACUAGGGAGAAGGAACUUCCUCCUAACCCUCCACAGACCGCAGACACAGGAAGACCCUCAAUUGAAUAUGUGCCGACUCGUCAACAGUUCCCUAUGCCUGGUGACAACCAGGGCAUCAAGCGACGUGUUACUGAUCCUGCCCCCAGAGUUCAGUAUGCCGAUGAGGAUGAGUUCAUCCCACCACCUCAACGCAACAUGUCCAUCGGUACCAGGCUUCUUGGCGGUGGCAGAAAGGAUGAUUCAACUUUCGCCCAGAACCAGGCGGCUGUCAACAGAAAAGCUGAGCGAGCAGACAGCUUUUCCUCCGAAAGCUCUGAAGGACACCACGUGUCACGGAUGGUUUUCAAGCGUCCAGAAGAGAUGGUCCCUGGUGAUGGUCUUUACCAGCCACCUCAAUGGCUAGACGAGUGGAGGAAGGGAACAACUGGUACCCUGUCUGGAACCUACCUUGAAAUUGAGGAUGGUCCCGUUCCCAUCGCUGAGCCAGACACAGACAAGGCUUGGUGGGAGCAAGAUAAGAGGAAGAGCUUCUCUGCGCCACGAAACGCUGCGGCUUUCGAUGGCGAGUACGAUGAGCAGACACCUACUCGUUUCAAGCCUGCGCUUUACAUGAAGUGUGGUCCUCUUCUGAGAUACUGCGGAAUCAAGCGUGAGAAGGUCCCUAACAGAGCAGGAAAUCUGGCCGAGCGAGAGAUGUGGCGUGGUACUGUCAUGAUUGUCACUCAAGAUUCCGACUCUUCAUACGACAUUGCGCCUACCCUGCGACUCUUUGUCCAAGGUCUCGACCUGCUGCCAGCACCUCCUCACAGCAUCAAGGGAGACCUGUCUCCUGAGUUUGUCGACCCCAUCGCUGGUCACCCCAAGGUGGGUCGCAAAGGAGAAACCCUCUAUGUGCGCCCUGUGGACCAUCUUCAGGAGGCCAAGGAUCUCUCUCGCGAUGAGACCGAUGAAGGACUCUACGAGCAAACCAUCACCCCACUUGAGCUUGCCGGUCCUGAUGGUCCUGCUGAGUUGCCUGGUCUGUUCUCUAACCGCAGAAAGCGCGCAGGUGCCGAUGGCGAGAAGGUCCAGAAGUUCAAGGAUAUCAGAGGCUACAGACUCCACGCCGAGCGUGGAUGCACUUUCUGGCGUUUCAACAUCGAAGUCGAGCUGCGUGAGACGCAGCAACGCAUUGCGUACCGUAUUAACCGUGGUCCUGCCACAGGUUUCUGGGUUCCUGCCAAGGGCGAGACGAUGAACAUGAUGUUCCACAGCUGCAACGGUUUCAGCUCGAGCGUGAAGCCCGAUGAGCUGAGCGGACCUGACCCCAUGUGGCGCGAUGUUCUGAACAACCAUCAAUCUCGACCUUUCCAUCUCAUGAUUGGAGGUGGUGACCAGAUCUACAACGACUGUGUGUCGAAGGAAUGCAGCCUCUUCAAGGAGUGGCUCGGCAUCCGCAACCCUGUCAAAAAGCACACUGCUGCUCUCACGCAGGAGAUGCAAGAUGAGCUGGAAACCUUCUACCUGGAACGGUACUGCAUGUGGUUUUCCCAAGGCCUGUUCGGCCUCGCGAACUCACAAAUCCCCAUGGUCAACAUGUGGGAUGACCACGAUAUCUUUGACGGAUAUGGCUCAUACCCUCACCACGAUAUGAAGUCGCCCGUCAUGAGUGGUCUGGGUGCGGUCGCCCACAAGUACUACAUGCUGUUCCAGCACCAGUCCAUUUUGACUGAGAUGGAGAACACUGAGCCAAGCUGGAUCCUUGGUAACGAGCCUGGUCCAUACAUCAACGAGCUUGGCCGCAGUAUGUUCAUGUCUGUUGGAUCAAAGGUCGGACUUCUCGCUGUUGACUGCCGCACUGAGAGGACGGAACAUGACGUUGUCUCUGAUAAGACAUGGGAGAAGAUCAUGAACCGCCUCUACGCUGAGGUCCGCCGUGGCCAGGUCGAGCAUCUGCUUGUGCUUUUGGGCAUUCCUAUCGCGUACCCCAGAUUGGUCUGGUUGGAGAACAUUUUGACCUCCAGACUUAUGGAUCCUGUCAAGGCACUCGGACGUACCGGUGUCUUGGGCAAGGCCCUCAACAACAUCGAUGGUGGUGUUGAGGUCUUGGAUGAUCUCAACGACCACUGGACCGCCAAGAACCACAAGCAGGAGCGAUCGGUCGUGGUCGAGGACUUGCAAGAUCUUGCUAUCGACAAGUCUCUUCGAGUCACCAUCCUCAGUGGUGACGUCCAUCUUGCGGCUGUUGGACAGUUCUAUUCCAACCCCAAGCUUGGUCUCGCCAAGCACAAGGAUCCGCGAUACAUGCCCAACAUUAUCUCAUCGGCCAUCGCUAACACACCACCUCCUGAUCUGAUGGCUGAUGUGCUGAACAAAAGAAACAAGGUGCACCACUUCGACAAGCAGACCGAUGAGGAUAUGAUUCCCCUCUUCCAGCAAGGAGUUGAUGGCAAGCCAAGAAACAACAAGCACCUUCUGCCUCACCGGAACUGGUGCGCCAUUCGCGAGUGGCAGCCUGGUACCACACCACCACCGACACCUCCUGGAUCUUCUGAUGGGAGAGAUGAAAGCCCUGCUCCUAAGCAGGGCGGCCUUCUCCGAAGACUGUCACUUUCUAGAAGCAAGUCUACAUCUUCCGAUGCGCGCCCCGACUUCAACAGAGAGACUGUUCGCGGCGGAUCUCGACCUCCAGUUACACGAGGUGGUGGUGGUUUGUUCCGCAGCUUGUCGCGACGUAACUCAACAAGCUCGGAGCGCCCUCCUCCUGCCAAGCUUCAGAGAUCUAUGUCUGUUGACCAAGCUCCUGAAGGCAAGAAGGCUGGAUUCUUCAGCUUUAUUCGACGACCUAGUCAGCGUCGCGCUGCUGCUGAAGAAGAUGAUCGCAUGAACGGCGAAUGGGAAGGCCAGGACCCCUAUCCUGACCCCUAUUAUGAUGAUGACCAGUACUGGGAUGAGCCUCAGUCUCCUCGUCGUGGGGGCCCUGGUCCUUCAGGUAUUCGAGGCGGUGCAGCCUAUGAUGAGUACACCGAGGGCGACGACUCAUACUUCAUGGCUCGACCACCUCAGCGAGCUCAAACCGUUGGAGGACGAGCCAUGUCACACUCGCGAGAGGCUGUCGGUUACGUCCCACCCGGGCCACGUCCUGGAAACUUUUACAGAACACCUACUGGCCUUUCCGUGAAGCAGAAGAAGCAGGCCGACAAGUACGCCGUUGAUCUGGAGGGUGGAUUGGAUAUCACCCUGAACGUUGAGAUCAACCCCAAGGACCCUGCAGGUAUCACCAAGCCAUACCGCCUGCUGGUGCCAAAGCUCUUCUAUGACUACGAGGAAGAUAAUGACGCAGGAGCCGUCCCUGAACAGGACCCAGAGAUGGCCCAAGCUGGAGCCGCAGACGCUGCGGAGCCAAGUGGAAUCAAGAGAUUCCUCAGCUUCCGCAGCAGGAGAAAGGCUAGGAACAACCCUCCUCCACCGGAGGAUGACGAUUAUAGUGAAGAUGACGAUGAUGACAUUGAUGUUUAUCGUCCCAAAGAUGCGAAACCUCACCACCUCGUCUUCGUCGCCGAUCCUCAAAUCAUCGAUCCGCAUUCCUACCCUGGCCGACCAUGGCCUCUCAACCCUUUAACAGUUCUGAUAACCGACAACUACCUCCGACGUGGCUACCGAGCGAUGCAAGGCCGCCUACACCCAGACAGUUUAUUCUUCCUCGGCGAUCUAUUCGAUGGUGGCCGUGAGUGGAAGACUCGAGAGGGUAAAUUCGUCGAUCCAAAAUGGGGACGGGGUCGUUCCAAGGAUGAGAAGAAACUGGUUGAGUCGUGGCACAAUAAGUACGGCGAGGAUUUCUGGUUGCACGAGUACGAGCGAUUCGGAGAUAUCUUCUUUGAGCAUUUCAACGAUGGCGGCGAAGUACCUGGAUCUUGGCAGCGUGGACGAAAGCUGGUGGCCAGUUUGCCUGGAAAUCACGACUUGGGUUUCGGUGCGCAGGUUCAAGUGCCUGUUCGAGAUCGCUUCGAGGCAUUCUUUGGCGAUGUCAACCGUGUUGACGUUAUCGGAAACCACACCCUUGUAUCCGUCGAUUCAGUCUCGUUGAGCGCUGAUACCUCGGAGUAUAAGAACAAGCAUGAUCUGAAGCCCAUCUUCGGUCCUGUGAACGAGUUUCUGGAUAAUGUCAAGGCACUAAAGCGAAAGGCAGCCGAGGAGGAGCUGCGACACUAUUACGAUCUCAAGGGGGGUCUGCGAUAUCCUCACAAUGUUGAGGAGCUGGACAAAUCGAAACCUACUUGGGGAAACAGCGUCGAAGCACAGAAAGGCGAUGGUCCCGACUUUCCUACGAUCCUUCUUACUCAUGUUCCUCUUUACCGACCCCCUGGAACACCUUGCGGACCUCAACGAGAACAUUGGCCACCGACGAAACCUCCCAAGGGCCAAAAGGAGCCUGUAUUCCCUGACAACCGAAACGCUUUGAGCAUUGUUGGUGGAUAUCAAUACCAGAACGUUCUGAACGAGCUUGAUUCAGUCAAGUUGGUGAAGAGCAUAGGGAACAUCAAGCAUGUCUUUUCAGGUGAUGACCACGAUUACUGUGAGGUCGUACACUCCGACGCUAAGGAGAACGUCCGUGAAAUCACCGUCAAGAGUAUGAGUAUGGCCAUGGGUGUUCCCACGCCUGGUUUCCUCAUGGCCAGCAUGUGGAAUCCCGUCGAUGAUAAGGGCAAGCCGCUGCCUGGAGCACCAGAGCAGACUAUCCAGACUCAUAUGUGUCUCCUGCCUAACCAGAUUCAUACUUAUAUGCAGUAUAUCGUCUUUGGCGUGGCAACAGUCGUUCUUCUCGCUGUUCGCGCAGCGCUCGUUCCUGUACUUUCACUCACCCCUUUCGCCCUCGAACCCGAGAAAUCAUCAGCCUCAAGCGUUUUGCCUGUAUACAAGGACAAAAUGGACCCUCCCGAGGCUUCAUCAUACCGCAACACAACAUCCUCCGGCACUUCAGCGCACCAUCUUCCCUCACGCCUAUCAGCCGCAGCACCACGCAACGGGCGAAGUGCAUCUCCUGGCCAGACAUCAGGACGAUGGCAGGCCCGACGUACCGACAAGCGCUGGGGCUGGGGGUCUGCUGGCGGACCACGUAUUAACCUUGACGACAAUCUCUACACUCCAGGCGUUCAGGAUAAACGUAUUGGUGUUUGGAUGGUACUUUCAUUUUUCGCAUAUCUUGCAUGGAAAGGAUAG